CUUCGCUGAGGACUCAUCAAAAACACCUUGUGUAAUGAAAAACCCAGAUCUAUAACCUCUCCCUAUAUAUUCUGCAUGCAUUGAAGUAGGCUCAAACCCUCAGGGACCUGGUAUAGACGCAGAAUCUGUUUCACACAACAACUGCUAUUUGAAGGAAAAAAAAAAAGAAGCAAAUGAUACCAAGACAAGCUCAUAACAGAGAUCCAAUCAGCAGAUGUGUACGGAUGAAAAUACAGCUUGAAGGCAGGUCCACGCCUCCUCCUGGAAGCCUUCCCUUGACUGACUCCUCGCUGAGUUCACAGUGAGAUGAGUCAGAAACCGGCCAAGGAGGGUCCCAGACUCUCCAAAAACCAGAAGUACUCCGAACACUUUAGCAUACACUGCUGCCCGCCGUUCACCUUCCUCAAUUCCAAGAAGGAGAUAGUGGAUCGGAAAUACAGCAUCUGUAAGAGCGGCUGCUUCUACCAGAAGAAAGAGGAGGACUGGAUCUGCUGCGCCUGCCAGAAGACCAGAACCAGCCGCCGUGCCAAGUCCCCUCAGAGGCCCAAGCAACAGCCAGCUGCGCCCCCCGCGGUGGUCAGAGCGCCAGCCAAGCCACGGUCCCCUCCGAGGUCUGAGCGUCAGCCACGGUCCCCUCCGAGGUCUGAGCGUCAGCCACGGUCCCCUCCGAGGUCUGAGCGUCAGCCACGGUCCCCUCCGAGGUCUGAGCGUCAGCCACGUCCCCGCCCAGAGGUCCGACCACCGCCAGCCAAGCAGCGUCCCCCUCAGAAGUCCAAGCAACAGCCGCGCAGCAGCCCCCUCAGAGGGCCAGGCGCCAGCCGUGGGGGGUCCCCCGUCAAAGCUUCUAGGUUCUGAUUGAAAAGGAAGAUCAGGCCAACCCCAAAGAAGAAGUGACCAAGGAGGAGUUUAAACUGAAUGAACAACCUCGGCUCCUGGACUCAUUGCUUCACAACCCAUCUACCCCUGGAUGAAGUUAUCUGGCUUCAAAUAUUAUGCAGGGGCAAACACCUGCUGAUGCGGCAACUGCUGAUGCUCAUGGUCCCCAUGGCAUGGGGGCCUCAGGGCAGCCUGCCUGGAGCACUUUGAAGAUGUCAUCCCAUUGUCUUCUGACCUCUAUAAUUGCCACUGAGAGAUCUGCUGUCAGUCUGCUUAUCCUUCCACGGACUCAAGUUUCUUCAAUCUGAAGAUACAUGUCUUUCUCCAGGGACAUGUGGAAAAAAAAAAAAAGAUGUUAUACAACCAUCAAAGUGGCAAAAAUAAAAAAAAUCAAGUAUUGGCAAAGAUGUGGGGAAAAUUCUCAUAAGCUACUGAUGAGAAUUUAUAAAUUAUUAUGACACCUUUGGGUUGCAAUCUGGGGAUACUGGCAAAGCAGAAAAUUGUACAACCUGUGAUCAAGCAAUUAUAAUUUUAGGCACCCAUUGUAGAGAAAACUUGAAUUCAUAGAAAAAGUAGGUACACAUAAAUCUGUUCAAGGAAUCAUUGUUUGGCAUUGAAAAUAGGAGAGAGAUCAUGAGAAAUUACCAAAAUGUCCACCAAUAGAAUGAGUGAAUCACCUGUGGUAUAUUUAUAAAUAAAAAUCUUAAAUAGAAGGUAAAACAAAUCAGACAUACACACAUUAGAUAGAUAAAUUUAGAGGACAAAAUAAGGAACAUAAAAAGCAAAUAGUAGAUGGCAAAUGUAAUAUAAUAUACUAUGCAUAAAUUUUAACAACACACAAUAUUAUAUUGCAUAUUGCCCAAUAAGCAGAAGCCAUAAGGUCUCACACUUUUCUUAUAAUGCAAUAGAAUAAAAAUGACAACAAAGUAAAAGAGUAUCCCAAAAAUAAAACUAUCCUUUUGGAAAAAAAAAGAUUUAAAAUAAUUCCUGGUUUGAAGAAAUAACAAAUUAAAAGCUAUAUAUAAACGGUUAACAAUAUUAGGUGGACAUAUUUGUUUGAAGAGAUAGGUGAAAGAUAGUUGAAAAGCCUGGGGGUAUAUUCAAGGUUAUAUGUCUUAGAAAACAAAAAUACUUGUUUGGGUUCAAUUUUGGAUCUGGGCUUGUUCUUGUGGCUUCUGAUGAUUUCUGACUUGGGGAAAAAUGGGGAAGAGUUGAAAUACGUCCUUCCACCCAAACCUUUGUUUAGUAAUAGGUAGGAAAAUGAAGAAGAAAAUAGAAUGUUGCAGAAUGUGGAGGGAUGUAAAAUGGACAGUACUAGGGUAGAGGGAAAGUCAGAUUAGAGGAAAGAAAGAGCAUCAGGAACAGUCUUGUGCUAGGAGCUGGUGUGGCCAAGCACAGUCAGAUGCCCAAAGAUCCAACAAGGCAAUGGCUCUGUGUCCUUGAGUGGGCACAACCAUUCCUAGCCAAGUUUAAGAGGCAAGUGAAAAUAUGGGGGCAAUGUCAGAUGAAGUCUUGUUCAGGGUAUGGGGCUAGGAUGAGAGAGAAUGCCACAGAGUAUGGAGGAAGAGUGAUAGAUCCAGAUGAGAUACAGCUCAGAGUGCCACGCCCCCAGAAAGAGGAAUCGGGCAAGUACUGUCCCAAGGCAGCUGGAGGGUGAGGGCUGAGUGCCCUGGCUUCCUCACUUGGGGAGACCAUGGGUCUCUGUAGAAAUUCCAAUAUAAAGGCAGGGAAAUUUGACUGCAUGGAGUCUUCAGGUAGAAAUGUUUCUCUUGCCUAAAUUCAGGUGCUAAAUAAACAACAAAAUGGUAACCUUUACUAUGAAGUGUUUCCAAUGAUGGGAUAUCUGAGGCCAUUACAUUCCUGGGAAUAACAUGGUGAGGUGCAGGGUGGUGGUGGUGGUGAAACAUACGACAGACCACUGUAAGUGAGAACAAAUUACUGGCCCAGCCCAACCCACACCAAAUAAGAAAUUUAAUAUCCCUUUGGCCUGUUUUAGAUUUUGGCAAAGCCAGGCCCAUAGUGCUUGCUGGGCUCUCUCUUCCACAUCAUCCAGAAGACACACAUUUGCUAUGGAAUGAUUGUGGAGGUGAGAGUAUAGUGCAUAUUAAUUCAUGCAAAAAGUUAGAUAUUAGCCCAGAAAUGUUAGUAACAAGAAACUACUGAAUUCUCUGUUUGUCUGUUGUGGAAAUAAAACCUUCUGGGGAUGAAUCAAAACUAUCUGACAAUUACUUGAAAUGGGUGGAUAGCUAAAUGUAAUGUGCCUUGGAUAUUAUAACUAAAAGGUGCUAUAAUCCAGUUAUAUUUUUUAUCUUUUAAGGAUUGGUUCUGAGGAGCGCUACCAGUAAACAUUACAUAAAGCUCCAAAAGCUACUCUGUGUAAACUUCUUGAGUGGGAAUUCUCAACCAUAAUAUCUGGAAUAUGACUGAUAAUUCUGGAUGUUAACUGAUUUUAUGUUCUGAUGUUUUGACUGGUUUUGGGAAAAAUUUUGGGAGAAAAGAGUUUUCCUUGUAAAUACCCAACAACUGGGUCUCUGGGUAAAAAGGCCUAAUUUAUACAGAUUGCUAAUUUCCAUGGUGUAAAUAUUUCCACAAUGCAGAUUCCUUCCUUCCUUUUUUUUUUUUUGAGAUGGAGUUUCACUCUUGUUACCCAGACUGGAGUGCAAAGGUGCGACCUUGGCUCACUGCAAUCUUCACCUCCCGGGUUCAAGCCAUUCUCCUGCCUCAGCCUCCCAAGUAGCUGGGAUUACAGGUGUCCACGACCAUGCCUGGCUGAUUUUGUAUUUUUAGUAGAGAUAGGGAUUCACCAUGUUGGCCAGGCUGGUCUCAACCUCUGGACCUCAGGUGAUCCACCCACCUCGGCCUCCUAAAGUGCUGGAGAUUACAGGCAUGAGCUACCAUGCCCGGACCGCGAUGCAGAUUUCAAGCUAUGAACAUGAUUCUCUGGAGUUUACCAUUUGUCUUUUAAUUGGCAAAUUUAAUGCAGAAUUGGGAAGAGAAGCACGCAAUUGACUCUCGUCAACUGGCACAAGCUGGUGCCAGUGCACCACUGUAUAUAUCCAUGGCCCUCUGUGAAGCUAGAGUUUACUACUAAAAUUUGUGCUCCAUAAAUAUACAAAGGCACUAGUAAGAGAAAAAAUAUAAAGAGAAUAUAAACUAAAUUCAAAUUAGGGAGCUCAAAUGGAGAAAAUUGACAGAUGGUAAUAUUUUUGAAACUUUGAAAAGUAGUAUUUGUCUAGAUUCACCUUUUAUUAUCUUUUCCUUUUUUUCUUUUCCUUUUUUUUUUUUUUUUUGAGACAGAGUUUCGCUCUUGUUGCCCAGGCUGGAGUGCAAUGGCACGCAAUCUCAGCUCACUGCAACCUCGGCUCACUGUAACCUUCACCUUCCGUGUUCAGGUGAUUCUCCUGCCUCAGCCUUCCGAGUGGCUGGGAUUACAGGCACCCACCACCAUGCCCAGCUAAUUCUUUGUAUUUUUAGUGGAGACGGGGUUUCACCAUGUUGGCCAGGCUGGUCUUGAACCCCUGACCUCAGGUGAUCCACCCACCUGGGCCUCCCAAAGUGCUGGGAUUACAGGCAUGAGCCACUGCGCCCAGCCUGUUAUUAUCUUUUAUUAAGCAAACAGGGUAUCUAUGUAUCAUACUGAGUGUUCUGAGCUGUUAAUUUCUUUGGUGUUCAUCUAGAUGGAAGCUGGGGCUUCCUUCCUUUCAGAUAUUGGUGCUAACAUGAUGCUGACCAAAGAAUUGAUGGGAUCUGCACACUGUAAAGCCUGUUUCAGGAUGGCUGAGCUGACGGUCAAGAAAGAAGAUAUGAGCCGCCUGCAUUUUGGGGUGGUGGCAGUGAAAUUUAGACUUGUGAUUUGGUAUGACAAUAUAUGGCUUUUUGUGAUUGUUAACAUUAAUGAAAACAAGAAAAAUUAGUUGCUCAAAAGUUGAAAAAUGGAUUUAUAAACUUUUUAUUAGAGUAAGGCAAAAGAACAUAUUAAAAUAGAGGUAAAUUAGAAAUGUCAAUAAGAACCCAUGGACAUUUUUUAUAAGGAGACUUUAUCUGUUCUGUCCCUACAGUGAUUUAUGCUCUUGGAUAUUUUUGCUGUCAUCCUGACAAAUUCUAGUUGGAAUAUGGAACAAGCUUAUUUGUAGACCUAGUGCCUGUGGCUUCUAAAGCAAUUUUCUGAAAAGAGAAACCACUGCCUGUUGGAAGAAUAGUUGAUUCCAUACCUCAAGCUAGGGAAAAAAAAAUCAGAAUUAGUCUGUGAAUUCUAGAUGUUGAGAGAAAGCAGGGUUUCAUUAGGGCGUCGGAGAGUCACAAGUCCAUAGGAUGCAAAAAAGAAGAUGAAAUAAAAUUGCCUGAAAAACGCA